CCUUUUGAUAUUGAAGCUUACAAAAGGCAGUCUGAAAAGAAGGUAUAUCUCCAUUAGCAAAAUGUACCACAGCCAUGCGAAUGUUAGCAUAUGGUGUGGCGGCCGAUGCGGUCGAUGAAUACAUCAAAAUAGGAGGUACUACAGCAUCGGAGUGCUUACGUAGAUUCUGUAAAGGAAUCAUACAUUUGUAUGAGCCAGUGUACCUCAGAGCCCCAACUCAAGAUGACCUGCAAAGAAUACUGCGUGUUAGUGAAAUGCGGGGGUUCCCGGGGAUGAUUGGCAGUAUUGAUUGCAUGCACUGGGAAUGGAAAAAUUGUCCUACAGCAUGGGAAGGUCAAUUUACCCGGGGAGAUAAGGGAACCACCACUGUUAUUCUUGAAGCAGUUGCAACUUAUGAUUUAUGGAUUUGGCAUGCCUUUUUUGGAUGUCCGGGCACAUUGAACGAUAUAAAUGUUUUAGAUCGUUCACCUGUGUUCGAUGAUGUUGAACAGGGAAAUACUCCAAAAGUGAACUUCUUUGUGAAUCAACGACCGUAUAAUAUGGCAUACUAUCUUGCUGAUGGUAUCUACCCUUCUUAUCCAACUUUCGUCAAAUCAAUUAGACUUCCUCAAAGUGAACCAGAUAAGUUAUUUGCAAAAUAUCAGGAGGGAUGUCGGAAGGACAUCGAACGUGCAUUUGGGGUGUUGCAGGCUCGAUUUAAAAUCAUCCGCGAACCAGCCCGUUUGUGGGACAUAAACGAUUUGGCUCUCAUCAUGAGGUCAUGUAUCAUAUUAAAUAAUAUGAUUGUUGAGGAUGAACGAGAUAUAUAUGCUCAAAAUUGGACAGAUUAUGAUCAAUCUGAGGCAAGUGAGUCUAGUACACCGGAGUCAUUCUCGACCGAGGUGCUACCUGCAUUUGCGAAUCACGUGCGUGCUAGAUCUGUGAUGCGUGAUUCAAAUGUACAUCACGAAUUGCAAGCAGAUCUAGUCAAACACAUAUGGGAAAAGUUCGGAAUAUUUCAUGAUUAAAUAAAUUGUUUGUGAGCCGAGUCUAUUGUACUAAUUAAAUUAUGUGUGUUUCAUUUUUUGUGUGUUUCUUUUUUAGUGUGUUGUG